GGAGGCCCAAAAAGUCGGCGGGGGAGGGGACGAGCUCGCUCCUUCGCUCGCUCGCUGGACGCGCCCGGGCCGGGAAGACAGAACCGGAACCGGAACCCGCGCGCGCGCUCGUAAUUGUCGCGCGGCCCCCACCGCCGGCGGCCUCCUCCGCCCUCCACGCGCGCUCCCGCGAGGGCCCCCAGGACCCGGUGAGCCGGCCUUGCGCUGGGAGUGCUGCAGUCGCCGCCGCUCCGGGACCGGGGCUUCCAGGCCGGGCCGGACGGGGACCUCCAGCUCGUCGCGGGAACCGCUGCCUACCGGAGUGUCGGGGAGGAGCCGCCGCCUCCUGUGCCGAUUGCGGAAGAGUCCGGGCCUUAAAGGGAUGGGGAUCAGCUUGCGGCGCUGAGAGACCCGGUCCCUGUCACCUCGGACUGCGGGACCCCCUCCCCCCGGCUCGUUCCAGCGCCCGGACCCUGGUGGGGGCGGCGAGGAAGACCAGAGGGGCCCCGGGCCCGGGGACAUGGGGCGGCGCGAGCCCGGCGCGGGACGGUCCGAGACUCGGCCGAGAGUGCGGCCGCGAGCCGCUGGCAGCCCCAGAUAGAGAGCCGGGACCAGAGGGCCUUGCCCUGCCGCGGUUGGCAGUUCGAGGCCCCGCGACUCCGGAGCAGGAGCCGACGCCCGUCCCCGACCCGAUUCCACCCCAGCCCCGGAGGGAUUCUCGCGUCCCCUCCCCACGGCUCGCGGACUUCCCUCUGUGACGAAGUUUUCCCCUUAUGCCUUCUGGAGGAUUUUAUCGCUAGCUCUAGAACUGCCUUCUGGCUGACUUUUCUCGGUUUGUUUUGGGAGAUAACUUGUUUUGCUCCAACCCGCAUUCCCUUUCCUUGACCCCCAUCAAUCGGAUGUUCUAGAUGACUGAAUGGAGUUUUGAGUUGGACUUUUGUGCCCUUGCCGGAAUUGGGCCUGAUCCUAGAGUACUGGGGGUGGGGUGGAGGUGUUACUGUAAAAUGCAAGUUGGAUAAAAGGAGGACCUCUCGCCAAGGGCCCCAAUGAGUGGCACACAGUCGACUAUCACGGACAGGUUUCCCCUCAAAAAACCUAUAAGGCAUGGAAGUAUUUUGAACCGAGAGUCACCAACAGAUAAGAAGCAGAAAGUUGAACGCAGUGCAUCACAUGAUUUUGAUCCCACAGAUAGUUCCUCCAAGAAGACAAAGUCUAGUUCAGAGGAGAGUAGAUCGGAGAUCUAUGGUCUUGUUCAGCGUUGUGUAAUCAUCCAGAAAGAUGACAAUGGAUUUGGGCUGACAGUCAGUGGAGACAAUCCGGUCUUCGUACAGUCUGUGAAAGAAGAUGGAGCAGCCAUGCGGGCUGGAGUACAGACAGGUGAUCGAAUCAUCAAGGUCAAUGGAACUCUGGUGACUCAUUCAAACCAUUUGGAGGUGGUGAAGCUAAUCAAAUCUGGUUCCUAUGUAGCUCUCACUGUUCAGGGACGCCCUCCUGGGUCUCCCCAGAUUCCACUUGCUGAUUCUGAAGUAGAACCAUCAGUCAUUGGACAUAUGUCUCCCAUCAUGACAUCCCCUCACUCACCUGGAGCAUCUGGGAAUAUGGAGCGAAUCACUAGUCCUGUGCUUAUGGGGGAGGAAAAUAAUGUGGUUCAUAACCAGAAAGUAGAAAUUCUGAGAAAAAUGUUACAGAAAGAACAGGAACGACUACAGUUAUUGCAGGAAGAUUACAACCGAACACCUGCCCAAAGAUUGCUAAAAGAGAUCCAAGAAGCCAAGAAACACAUUCCUCAGCUGCAAGAGCAGUUAUCCAAAGCCACAGGCUCUGCUCAGGAUGGAGCCAUAGUUACACCCUCCAGGCCUUUAGGUGAUGUCUUAACAGGCAAUGAGGCAGAAAUAGAACCUGGUGAUGGACUGGGCAGGACUGACUGGAGCAGUGGAGAUGCAUCUCGGCCUAGUAGUGACAGUGCAGAUAGUCCCAAGAGUGGCAUGAAAGAGAGGAUUUAUCUAGAGGAAAGCCCAGAGAAAAGUGAAGCAAUUCAGGACACUCAGGACACACAGUCACUUGUUGGGAGUCCCUCAACCCGUGUAGCACCUCAUAUUAUUGGAGCAGAGGAUGAUGAUUUUGGUACUGAACACGAACAGAUCAACGGGCAGUGCAGUUGUUUCCAGAGCAUUGAGUUGCUAAAAUCUCGCCCUGCUCACUUGGCUGUUUUCUUACACCAUGUAGUUUCACAGUUUGACCCUGCAACAUUGCUCUGUUAUCUCUAUUCAGACCUGUAUAAACAGACCAAUUCCAAAGAAACUCGUCGCAUCUUUCUUGAGUUUCAUCAGUUCUUCCUGGAUCGAUCUGCUCACCUGAAAGUUUCUGUUCCUGAUGAAAUAUCUGUAGAUCUAGAAAAGAGGAGACCUGAACUUAUUCCUGAGGAUCUGCACCGCCACUAUAUCCAAACUAUGCAAGAAAGAGUCCACCCAGAAGUUCAGAGGCACUUGGAAGAUUUUCGGCAGAAACGUAGUAUGGGACUGACCUUGGCUGAAAGUGAGCUGACUAAACUUGAUGCAGAGCGAGACAAGGACCGGGUAAUUUUGGAGAAGGAACGGGCAUGUGCAGAACAGAUCAUUGCCAAAAUCGAAGAAGUGUUGAUGACUGCUCAGGCUGUAGAAGAAGAAAAGAGUUCCACAAUGCAGUAUGUUAUUCUCAUGUAUAUGAAGCAUUUGGGAGUAAAAGUGAAAGAACCUCGAAAUUUGGAACACAAGCGGGGUCGGAUUGGAUUUCUUCCAAAAAUCAAGCAAAGUAUGAAGAAAGAUAGAGAAGGCGAAGAAAAAGGGAAGCGAAGAGGAUUCCCUAGCAUUCUUGGACCCCCAAGGAGACCAAGUCGUCACGACAAUAGUGCAAUUGGCAGGGCCAUGGAACUACAGAAGCCACGCCACCCUAAGCAUUUAUCCACACCCUCAUCUGUGAGUCCAGAACCCCAGGACUCUGCUAAGGUGCGGCCGUGUGGCUUAGCAAAUGAAGGAACAGACAUUGGAUACCUUCCUGCCAAUUCCGUGUCCUCUGUGGCUUCAGUGUCCACUCUUUCCCAAGAAGGAGGGAAAGAGAAUGAUAUGGGAUCAAAACAAGUUGGAGAAACACCAGCAUCUGGAGACUCAUUGGAUGGCACACCUCGUACUCCCAAUACCAUCUUUGAUUUUCCACCUCCUGCAUUAGACCAAGUGCAGGAGGAGGAGUGUGAGGUAGAAAGGGUGAUGGAACAUGGGACACCAAAACCCUUUAGAAAGUUUGACAGCAUAGCCUUUGGAGAAAGUCAAAGUGAGGAUGAACAAUUUGAAAAUGACCUAGAGACAGAUCCACCCAACUGGCAGCAGCUUGUUAGUAGAGAAGUGUUAUUGGGACUCAAACCUUGUGAGAUCAAAAGACAGGAAGUGAUUAAUGAAUUGUUCUACACUGAGAGAGCUCAUGUCCGAACUUUGAAGGUUCUUGAUCAAGUAUUCUAUCAGCGAGUAUCCAGAGAAGGAAUUCUUUCACCUUCAGAACUACGGAAGAUUUUUUCAAACUUGGAAGAUAUUCUUCAACUUCAUGUUGGGCUGAAUGAACAAAUGAAGGCUGUUAGAAAGAGGAAUGAAACCUCUGUUAUUGAUCACAUUGGGGAAGAUCUGUUGACCUGGUUCAGUGGACCAGGAGAGGAGAAGUUGAAACAUGCUGCCGCUACAUUUUGCAGUAAUCAGCCUUUCGCUCUGGAAAUGAUCAAGUCUCGUCAGAAAAAGGAUUCUCGAUUCCAGACUUUUGUACAAGAUGCCGAGAGUAAUCCACUGUGUCGUCGUCUUCAGCUGAAAGAUAUCAUUCCCACCCAAAUGCAGAGGCUUACUAAGUACCCACUUCUUUUGGAUAACAUUGCCAAAUACACAGAAUGGCCAAUGGAAAGGGAGAAGGUGAAGAAAGCUGCAGAUCACUGUCGUCAAAUCUUAAAUUAUGUAAAUCAGGCUGUCAAGGAGGCAGAAAACAAGCAGCGCUUAGAAGAUUAUCAGCGUCGCCUUGAUACCUCCAAUCUGAAGUUAUCAGAGUACCCAAAUGUUGAAGAGCUCAGGAAUUUGGAUUUAACAAAAAGGAAGAUGAUUCAUGAAGGACCAUUGGUUUGGAAGGUGAAUAGAGACAAAAGUAUUGAUCUGUACACAUUGCUGCUGGAGGACAUUCUUGUUUUGUUACAAAAACAGGAUGAUAGGCUGGUGUUAAGGUGUCAUAGUAAGAUUCUGGCAUCUACAGCUGAUAGUAAACACACAUUUAGUCCUGUCAUUAAGUUGAAUACAGUGUUGGUUCGACAAGUGGCAACAGAUAACAAAGCUUUAUUCGUCAUCUCCAUGUCAGACAAUGGAGCCCAAAUUUAUGAAUUGGUGGCACAGACAGUUUCUGAAAAGACUGUCUGGCAGGAUCUAAUCUGUCGAAUGGCUGCAUCAGUGAAGGAGCAGUCCUCAAAGCCAAUUCCAUUACAGUCACCGGCUUGCGAAGGAGACAAUGAUGAAGAAGAACCACCAAAAUUAAAAGUGGAACAGCAUGGCAUUUCAGUCACUGGUCUACAGAGUCCAGACAGAGAUUUGGGAUUAGAAUCUCCCUUAAUAUCAUCAAAACCUCAGUCUCAUUCACUGAGUAUCUCUGGGAAAUCAGAGGCAGAUGAUCUCUUUGUGACUGAGAGACAGUUUGCAAAGGAACAGCAUACAGAUGGGACACUAAAAGGAAGUGGAGAAAAUUAUCAAAUCACAAUCCCAGAUUCACACUUGCCUGUCUCAGAAGAACGGUGGGCGUUGGAUGCACUAAGGAAUUUGGGUCUUUUGAAGCAGUUGCUGGUACAGCAGCUAGGUUUGACUGAGAAGAACACUCAGGAAGACUGGCAGCAUUUCCCAAGAUACAGGACAGCCUCUCAGGGGGUGCAGGCAGAUAGUGGAAUCCAGAACUCUGAAAAUAUUAAGGCUUAUCCUGGUGAAGGACAGAUGCCCUUUAGAACUGGAACUGGUGACAUUGCAGCUUGUUACAGUCCACGGACUUCAACUGAAUCUUCUGCUCCACGGGAUUCAGUGGUACUGGCAUCCCAAGAUAGCCAGGCAAGUAACAUUUUAGUAAUGGACCACAUGAUUAUGACCCCAGAGAUGCCUGCCACAGAGCCAGAAGGGGGUCUUGAUGAGAGUGGAGAGCACUUUUUUGAUGCCCGUGAAGCACAUAGUGAUGAUAAUCCAUCAGAAGGUGAUGGAGCAGUUAAAAAGGAAGAGAAGGAUGUUAAUUUACGCAUCUCAGGAAACUGUUUGAUCCUCGAUGGCUAUGAAACAGUGCAGGAGAGCUCCACAGAUGAGGAGGUUGCUUCCUCAUUUACCCUGCAGCCUGUGACAGGCAUCCCCUCUAUGGACUCCACCCACCAUCAGCAGCAUUCUCCCCAAAAUGCUCAUUAUGAUGGGGCAGGUUCACCAUUCACCCCAGAAUUCCUGGUCCAGCGGCGCUGGGGAACUAUGGAGGAUUCCUGUUUUGAGAUCCAGAGUCCUUCCUCUUAUACAGAUUCACAAAGCCAGAUCAUGGAGUACAUUCAUAAGAUAGAGGCUGACCUUGAACACUUAAAGAAGGUGGAGGAAAGUUACACCAUUCUUUGCCAAAGGCUGGCUGGAUCAGCCCUCACAGAGAAGCACUCAGAUAAAAGUUAAAGCCGAGUGUCCUGGAGGUGACUGGAGGUUGUUGGAUUUUGAGCAUUGGCCUUGUAUCAACCACAUCCUGGUUCCAGUGUGGACACAGAGUGUGACAGAGGAUCUGCCUGAGAACCAUUUGGGGUUAACCAUGUCCCGGGGUGCCCAGAGCAGGACUAGUUCUUCAAAGUCUGGCAGCUGCACUGGUCUGUCAGUGAGGGAAUGUCCAUUCUCUCACGCUCCUCUCCUCACUGUCGGAAAGUCGUUUUGAUUCAGAACAAAAACCAAAUGUAUAGAGCUUUGGGUGUAGGAUAUGAAAUUGUACUUAGACGUAAGAAAAAGAGAAAAUCAGAUGUAUUUAUUUGACUUCAUUCCGUAUUUGAAAGCACAUUUUAAUUUUUAUUUUGCCUUGUUUUAUUUUAAUUGAGUAGUGAGAGUUUUGGCCCUUUGUAUUUAGUAUACCCAAGGAUCAAUUGCUCCUGAAGCAAAAAGGUUAGGAUGGGGUAUUAGGAGGUUGGGUAGAGAGGAGAUGAAAUGAAGAGGGAGGAGAAGCAUCUCAUCUUCACUAAUUGUAUUCCAUAUCCUCUGCUGUCCAGCAGGCUGCUUCUCUGAGGGUCACCUCAAAGGCAUGGUGGUCCCUGUGUGCAGAUGUGAGCUGUGUGCUGCCCAUCGGACAGAGAGUAGGUGGGCUUCCUCCCACCCUAAUGCAAGCACUGCUUCUCUGUAGCUGGGAUAUACCCCCAAUUAACAGGAAUCCUCAACAUACUAAAUAGCAGGCACUUGAAAAUGGGUGUAUUUUCUUCUGUUUUCAUCUUUUCUAUUGAGGGUUGGGAUUUGGGAGGGAGAGGAAAGCAAAUUUUUAUUUUCUUGACUAUAAAUUUGUUAUUCUUGGUAUUGUUUCAUUUUUAUAAUUCUAUAUUAGACUUUGGCACUUGUGUAAAAUCAUUCCUGCACAUUAAGCAGGAAGUAAGAACAAACAAAUGGAAAUGCUUCAGUGGUGGUGGGGUUGCUAAGGAAGGGUGGGAUGGGGGUGGGUAAAGAGUAGGAAGGUUAUCUAAAAUGAAUCACUACUGAGUUGAACCAUGGCUAUCAUUAGCCACGGGUACUGCUGAUUAUAAGGCCAGUAAAAUAUUAGUACCUGGAGGUUUGACUCUAAUUUUUUGCACUGAUGGUGCCAAAGGGCUCUUUGAGUCACAAAGAGAACUAGGGGUGGAGUGAGAAAGAUGUGGUGGAGGAGGCAGAACUGCUCGCCACCAGCUCCAGAAUCACUUCCUCUGACCUCACUGCCGCAGUUCUGUCCAUACUGGGCCGUGACUGACCUUAGGAAUUGCAGACCAGAGCGUACACUGGAUACUGCAGGCAAGGUGUUGGUAACUGCCUGCUCUAGGAUGAAUAGCAGUAUUGGCAGCGCCUACAGAGGAUAUAUGUCAGAAUUAUAACUUGAGAACUCCUUCAUUUAUAUUGGCUUUCUGUGGUUUUCUCUGUACAUUAGGUAAAUAUGUUUUUGGAGUAUUUUGCCAACUAAAGUGAACUCAUUUGUCAAAGUUGUAAAUUCUGUUAAUAAAGAAGGAGUUCAUUCAUUGCUCACA